UUCUCCCACCCACGUCGUCACCACCAUCAUUAUGAACAUCAUCUUCCAUGUCACAAUGCUUAGAGUCGACAACUUCUCACGUUUGGUGAUGAGAGAGAACUGCUCGGAGUUUUGAGGCACAAUGACCAGAUGUGACCCAGUGCUCGGGGAAGUUUCGCUUUGAGGAGCGCACUUUAACGCGUGAAGGUACCGAGCACAGGGCACCUGUCCGGGCUGGGAUGAGAUGCCUUGAGAGAUUUUUCAUUCUCACAGGUCUGCUGUGUGGAGGGCUCGUGAUCUUCACCUCCUGGCACGCCACGAGAGAAGAUAUAGGUGCGUCUCCCGAGCAAUUCCACAAUGUUUACUGGAGGCUGCUAAGAGCUGAGCAACGUGGAGAGGAAUUAUCAUACAAACUGUUUCAAAUGCUGGAGAAACUCAAGAACCUAAACAACACUACAGCUAACCUGACUAUCAGCAACUCCUUAAAGAACUCCUCGGUUAGCUUCUUGAGCAACUCUUCGGCUAGACAGCUUUCACUCCCACUACCCUACGCUCUCCUGUACCUGCCGCACCUCAAAGAAAACCGCGACAGCCUGCAGCCUAGAGUUCACCUUGGACAUGGGCGCAGCCAGGUGUCCUUAGUAUUAGGGGUCCCUACAGUGCGCAGACAGAAACAGAGUUAUCUUGUCAACACGGUGAACUCUCUCCUUUUCGACCUCACACCCAAACAGAAGGAGGACAUCCUCAUCGUCGUCUUUGUCGCAGAGACAGAUACUGCAUUUGUAACCAGUGUAGCAAAAAGCAUUGAAGAGAAUUUUCCAGAUGACGUGAAGUCUGGAUUGGUGGAAGUGAUCUCGCCUUCACCCUACUUCUAUCCCAACCUGUCUAACCUGAAGGAAACGUUUGGUGACACAAAAGAGCGAGUGAAGUGGAGGACCAAACAAAACCUGGACUACAGUUACCUCAUGCUGUACGCUCAAGACAAGGGGACAUACUACGUCCAGCUGGAGGAUGACAUUGUGGCCAAGUCAGGAUACAGUGAGACUAUAAAGGAGCACAUCAUUACCUUGAACACUGAGACAUGGCUGUUCCUGGAGUUCUCACAGCUGGGCUUCAUAGGGAAGCUUUUCCGAACUUCGGACCUGCCCACUAUUGUGGAGUUCUUUUUGAUGUUUCACAAGGAUAAACCCAUCGACUGGCUGCUGGAUCACAUCCUGUGGGUCAAAGCGUGUAACCCUGAGAGGGACAGUAAACACUGCAACGCCGAGAAGGCGAAGCUGAAGCGCACUAUCAAGCCCUCCCUGUUUCAGCAUGUUGGGGUGCACUCCUCUCUGGCCGGCAAAAUACAGAAUCUGAAAGAUAAAGACUUCGGGAAGCAGGUCCUGCAUAAAGCCCACCAUAACCCGCCGGCCGAGCUGAGCACCAGCCUGAAGCACUAUCAGAGCCAUACACUGGACAGGGCUUAUCGAGGUGAAGACUUCCUGUGGGCUUUCUCACCCAACAAAGGAGAUUACAUUCUUAUCAGGUUCAACACACCUCAAACUAUUAAAAGGUACCUCUUCAGAAGUGGAAAUAUCGAAGUGAAUGGAGAUAAGUUUUACAACACCACCGUGGAGGUGCUUUCCAGUGAUAUCUCUGUAAGGGAGCGUGUGGAACAGGGACAGCUUCCAUGUUGCAAACUUUCUGAUGAUGGCUUCAUCAUAAUAGGCUCUUUUAUAAACGGAUUAGCAGAGGGACCAAUUGUCGGAGAGCUACGUGACCUUGAAGCCAUGCGUCUCUUUGUCCAUUCCGCUUCAGACUCCUGGGUCGCCCUGAGCGAAAUCUUCAUUCAAGUGUGAUUCAAGAGGACCAAAUGAAGAAAAAACUCGCAGUCUCUUUCUGAGCAGCAGCGCCCCCGGUGGUCAAAAAAAGUUUGGCAACGAGCACAUCGCAACCUUACUAACCUUUCUACUUUUUUGAAGUUUGGUUUGCUGCAGUGUGUGUGUGUGCGUGUGUGUGUGUGUGUGUGUGUUAAAACCAGCACAACAACGUAAGCUGAGAAUUACUUCAUGUAUGUCUCAGCGGAUUUGUCUCAAAUUCGUAAUUAGCGUAGGAACUUGGCGUAAACACUGUUGAACACUCCUACAUUUGCACAAGAAGAGGGAAAAAAAGUGACAUAUGUUCUGUAUUUUGGCAGAUAUUAAUGGACCUAUUUUAGAAUGAUUCUGAGUCAUUACAUCACAGUUCUUACCGUGUUCACUUACCCCAAAUACAUCACCCAGGGGUAAUCUUCAUUGUUUUUUUCUUUCUUUCCAAAUGACAUAUGUCCAAAUCUGCAUUCAAUUCAAUGAUGCGUCCUUGUUUACAUGCCGUAUGCGUGCAGCACACUCCAGUUUAACCUCAUAUGCAUGUAAUUUCCAUGAAACGCCCUACCUUAAACAGGAGUCGCGACGGCGGGAUCCCAGAAAUGAAGUGAACAUGACAGAAGUCAGUAUGGUACUUUAUAGAAAUUUAUGGAAUUAACUAUUUAAAUGACAUACAUGUCACAUCAACUGUUUCUUUUUUAAAUUGAAGAGUUUUUUUUAAUGCCAUUUUUGUCAUAAAUUUUUUUUUGUUUAGAUUUUUUGUUUGUUUUUUCUAGAAAGGAUUUAAAUGUAUAAAGUAUAUACACCAAUUAGCCAUAACAUUAUAAAUGAGCCUUGGGAGUCCAUAAUGCUUCACCAGCUCACUGGUAUAUCAUUGAUGUUAUAUUGAAUUAAUGUUAUUCAGUUCACCUGGCGAUGGUCUAAGUGUUAUGGCUGAUUGGUGUAUAGCCGGGUUUUUAUUCCUAUUAAAACAGGAAUAGGUCAGAUUUAAUUUUAGUGUUAUUUAUUCAUAUAGGUGAGUCCAGUUUCUGUCCUAAAUAAAUAAACAUAUCUUGUAUUUGUUUAAACAAAUUGCUGAAAGAAAUGAAACACUGGCAAGCAAACUACACUGCAAAAAAUCUUAGCAUCUUAGAAUAUUAGCAAGUGAAAUAUUUUUGAAUCUAGCCAAAUCUACUUAUAUUUCUAUAGUUUAUCAUUUAUCUAUCUAUAAAGUUUACAACAAACCAAAUAUAGGACUAUUAAGAUUUAGUUUCUAAUCAAAUUAUAGUAAAAUUGUAAGUGAACUUUUCUUGUUCUGAUCAUAGAUCAUUUUGGCUCUUUCAAGAAAUAAAUUCCAAAAACUAGCAAAAAUAUCUGCUAAUAGAGCAAGACAUUUUAAAGAUAGCAUAUUUUUUACUUGCUAUAAUUUUUUGCCGUCUAGCACUUUGAAUAAAAUUUUGAUUGUGAUUUUUUUUUAUUUAUGAAAUGUUCGUUGCCCAUGUGGAUAAUAAAUGGAGAAAUAAUUAACUUUACAAUGUUUACAUAAAUUACACUUUGGCACAGUUCUCAUGUCUGUAAUUCUUGACUUAGUUAAUGUUAUUUAUUACUGUUAUAGUUAUACUUUACAUAGUGCUGGUGCUAAAAAGUGUCUCACUUAGGUGAAAAAGUGAAUUUUUUGAUAGGAUCAUAUAACACUAUUAUUCAUAAUACUUAUUGCUUCUUAU